AAAAAUCCCCAAAACCCUAAACUCUCAGCCGCCCCUUUGUUCAAAUGGCGAAGAAGAAAGUGUCUCGUAACUCCAAUGGAGCUUCCAAUGAGCAACAACAAAUCCAGAAUCAGUCAGUACCAGUCACUUACCAGAAACCGACGAAGCUAAGUCGUGAAUCGUCAAUGGAGGACCAUGAUUCGUCGGAGGAGAAGUUUCAGAAUUUGAAGUCACUCAAUGCGAUUCUUCUGAAGCAAACUAUGGAGAAGAGACAACAGAUUGAAUCUCUUUUCCAGGCGAAAGAUGCGUUGGAGAUCGAGUUGGUUCGUUCCGGGAAGGAGAAGACUUUGCUUCGGGAGGAGUUGUGUGGUUCGAAUGAUGAGAAUUUCAUGUUGAAGCUUGAAAUGGAUUUGUUUAUGGGUUUUGUUGAGAGUCGUGUUAAGGAAAUGGGUGUUAAAGUAGAUCUGUUGGUUAAGGAGAAGAGUGAUAGAGAGAUUGAGAUUAGGGAUUUGAAAAGAGAAGCUAUUGGUUUGAUGAGGAAGUUAGAGAGUGAGAGAGAAGAGUUUAGUGGGGUUUGUGGUGAGAGGGAUUUGAUUAAGAGUGGGUUUGAUUUGCAGAGUGAGGAGAUGAAUCGAUUGAAGGAGAGUGUGGUGAGGUUGGAGAUGAAGGAAGUGUAUUUGGGAGAAGAAGUUGGGAGGUUGAAAUGUGAGAAUGGUAGAUUAGUGAAGGAGAGGAAGAAGAGAGAGGAGUUGAUUGAGAGGGUUAAUAAGGAGAGGAGUGAAAUGGAGGAGAGGUUUGAGGAGAAGGUUAGGGAGAUUGAUGAGUUGAAGAGAGAAAUCAAAGGGGUUGUGAGAGAGAAGGCGGAGGUUGAGAUGGUGGGACGUGAUCAGAAGGAGACGAUCGUGGAGUUGGAGAAGAAGUUGGGGACUGUGAAUGAGAUAGUGAAGAGUUUGACUAAGGAAGGGGAGGGGUUACGUGGUCAGGUUGUUGAGUUGGAGAAGAGUCUUGAUGAGGUUGUGGAGGAAGCGAAAGCGAGGGCGGAGCAGAUCAAUAGACUGGUGAAAGAGAAAACUGUUAAGGAAUCUGAGCUUGAGGGUUUAGUGGUGGAGAACAAUUCGAUUAAGAAAGAGAUUGAGAUGGCUAUAGUGAAAUUCUCUGAUAAGGAGCGACUGGUUGACCAAUUGUUGCGCGAGAAGAAUGAGCUUGUUAAGCGUAUUGUUAACCAGGAGGCUGAGAUUGUUCAUCUGAGUAAACUGGCGGAUGAGCAAGAGCGUGUUGCAGUGCAGCUGCGAAAGGAUUGUAAUGAUCAAAUCAAGACUGGUGAGAAGCUUAGCUGUAAUGUUAGCAAGCUUAAGGAUGCUCUGGCGCUGGUUGAGGUUGAGAGAGACAAUGCUAAGAAGGCUCUUGAUGAGGAGAAGAAAAACCGGGUGGCUCUUAAGGAAAGAGUUGUCGAAUUAGAGAAAAUGAUUGCAUCCACUGGUAAAGAGCUUGAGAAGAUUAAGGCUGAGCGAGGGAGAUUGAUUAAAGAUAAGAAGGAAUUGGAGAAUCGAUCUGAGUCAUUGAGAAACGAAAAGGCUACCCUUCAAAAGGAUAUCAUAGAGCUGAAAAGAGCUAUGGGUGUUUUGAAAACAGAACUAGAAUCUGCUAGAACCAAUGCAAAACAAAGUCUAACAAUGCUGAAGAGUGUGUCCUCUCUAGUAUGUGGAUUAGAAAACAAAAAAAGCGAGAAGAAGCGUGAAAAAGGAAUGGAUUCCUACUCUGUGGAGCUAGAAGAGAUCAAGAAAGCGUUCAAAAACAAAGAAAGCAUGGUCGAGGGAAUGAAGAAGGAAAUAGAGAAAAUGAAGCAUUCGGUGGACGAUGCACACAAGAAGAAGAGCUUUUGGACUCUUGUGUCAUCUGUUACUUCUCUCCUCAUGGCUGCUUCUGUUUGCUUAUGCUGCUUCGCUCAAGUGAUCACCUGAAGCUGAAGAUGGUACUACCCUAUAACUCUCAGGACAACAUUACCGCAUUUGAGUUCUCAUUUUUUGCUGUUUAACUUCUAAACCAUUUAGAGCAUCUUAUGAGCUUUUUACUCAUAUCUCCUCUAUGUAGUUGGUUCAAUAACUAUCAUGUAAACCUUUUUUUUCCUUUUCUAUCUAGCUCUGUCUGUGUUUCUGCUACUUUUUCUCUCUGAACAUGUAGUUGAUUCCCAGAAACUCUAAUAAACUUGUUUGUUUCAU